UCCCUAAUAAAAAAAAAACUGCAAUGGAUGGAUAGACGGAGUUGGAAAACCUAACCAAGUUAACCACUGUUUUUAAAAUUAUCUCUGAUGGCUUGCGUGCUGACGUGGCCCCAUUUGACGUCACGACGUAACAAACCGGGCUAGCUUUGCCUCCACCGGUGAAGCCGUUCUGGUAGUAGCAACACUUUAGUUAGCCUGACAUCUAUUACUGACAGUAAGUCUGGGACGUCACGACGGUUUUGUGGAUCGAUACAUUCUUCACCGGCUAUCAAAAUGAUUUCACUCACAGAUUCACAAAAAAUUGGGAUUGGGCUGACAGGGUUUGGUGUGUUUUUCCUCUUCUUUGGAAUGAUGCUGUUCUUUGAUAAAGCCCUCCUCGCCAUUGGAAAUAUUCUGUUUGUGUCAGGCCUAUCCUUCGUCAUAGGCUUAGAGCGCACCUUCAGAUUUUUCUUUCAGAGACAUAAAGCUAAAGCCACCAGUUUCUUCCUGGGAGGAGUCUUAGUAGUUCUGAUCGGAUGGCCGAUCAUUGGAGUUAUCCUGGAGGUCUAUGGAUUCUUCCUCUUGUUCAGGGGAUUCUUCCCGGUGGCGGUGGGAUUCAUCAGACGAGUUCCCGUGCUUGGAUCGUUGCUCAGCUUACCAGGGAUCAGUGCAUUAGUGGACAAAAUUGGCGAGAGCAACACAAUGGUAUAACAGAGAGCUGUGACCGCAGCCGUCAGCAGCUCCAGUAUUUCUAUGGUUUCUACAGAUGGCUGUAUAUUUUGACCAUUGCCACUCCGCAGCUGUGAAUCCAAACAUUUCUCUGCACAGUAGACACAAACGUGUCUAUGGACAUUCCACUGACUGAAGCAGUGUCUGACUGCAACUGGACGAAAAUCAAAAAGACGUGCCCUUCAGCUUUCUUCCUCCUUUACUUAUCAUUCCUCUGUAAUAUUUAUAUACGGAAUACUUUGGAGCACAGGACAGUUACAAGCUUUUGAAAGCAUCCCGCUCUCGCCCGAGUGCGUUUCUUUUUAGGUUACCAUGUGACGUGUUACUGGAAUUUUGAACUUUGAAUUAAAUAUGGUUGGGCUAAAUUUUACGAUAAUGUGCACUGUUGUUUAAAAAAAGCAAAGCAUAUGUGAUGGAAAUGUUUUACUGUAACUUUUCUAAGUGCAUACUUGAAAUAAAGUGUUUUUUAAGUAUAAAUUGAUGUUAUUUUCUGCCUCAAGCGAGCAUCUGACAUGGUCUUUUGGAUUUUGUGAUGGUGCCACUGGUUUGUGUCA